AUGACGGCAUCUGGAUCGAGAGGUGUUCAAAUGGGCAUGAACCAUCCUUAUGGUCAAGUCAAACAAGAACAAUAUGAUUCUCCUCAGCAAUAUUACCCGUCCCAAUAUGCAGUUCUCAACACUCAGGCAUAUGUCCAGCCAUCUUUUCACCAACAAUGGCGGGGGCCUGCUACACAAGUUUCUCGCCCCCAACAACAAAAUUUCCUGGCGCCAUACAAUCCACGUCCCCGAACAAAAUAUACGAGAGAACAAGUUGAAUCUGUCAAUCCGUACGUUGUCAAUCCAAAUGCAAGAGGCUUUGAUCAAACUGUUAUAUGCGAGUAUCACGCCAACGCUCCAGGUCAUAGCACAGAGAAUUGUUGGACCCUAAAAAGAGUCAUUGAGAAGUUAAUCGAGGAUAAGGUAAUCGAGGUACGCAAUGAGGAAGCACCAAAUGUAACCAAUAAUCCACUCCCUACUCAUAAUAAUGAGCGUGUUGUGGGGAUGGUUGACAUUUUUGAAGAUUAUGAGCAAACAAGUAGAACAAAAGUGGAAAGCAAGGUUUCAAAAGAAGAGUCUAGUAUGGUUUUAGAACCCAAACAAAGGGCACCAAUAAUUGUUAAAGGUUCACGUUCAAAUUUUGGGGACUCGAGGAAGCUAGUGUUGUAUGUCCCUGAAUCUAUAAAAAGAGGAGACGUACCAUUGAAUAGACCAAAAUGCUACAAUCCUGGUAAAUUUUCAACGUUUAAUCAAAAUCAAGAAAGUAUGAAAGAGUCAGUUAUGAUACAAAUUGCAACACAACUUCCGAUCACAAACACCAAGGCCGUUCCGUGGAACUACAACAAAGUCGUCGUUACUCACAAGGGAAAGGAUAUUAUCAAAGAAACAAAUGAAACAGGAGGUCUAACUCGUUCCAGAAGGUGUUAUGCUCUAGAAGAAUUAAAGAGGGACAAACAAAUCAAAGAAAAUCAGUUGCCGAUGAAAAAACCAGUCACCGAGGAAGAUACUGAAGAGUUUCUGAAAAAGAUGAAAGCUCAAGAUUAUUUUGUUAUAGAUCAGUUGAGGAAAACGCCUGCUCAAAUCUCUUUAUUGUCAUUACUCAUACAUUCUAAAGAACAUCGUGAAGUGUUGACCAGAAUUUUGAAUAAGGCACAUAUCUCAGAAAAUAUUACAGUAGGUCACUUUGAAAAGAUGGUCAAUCGAAUUUUUAAGGUAAAUAGAAUCACUUUCACUGAUGAUGAAUUGCCCUUGGAAGGAUGUGGACAUAAUAGGGCUCUACAUUUAACCAUGAAAUGUGAAGAACACUAUGUGAAGAGUGUCAUGGUUGAUGGAGGAUCGGGUGUAGACAUAUGCCCUCUUUACACUCUACAAAGCUUAAAUAUCAGCACUGAUAGGAUUCGUAAUAACAAUGUUUGUGUACGGGCAUUUGAUGGUGCAAAACGGGAUACUCUUGGUGAAAUAUACUUGAUUGUUACAAUUGGACCAGCGGAGUUUGGAAUCACUUUCCAAGUUAUAGACAUGGACACGUCUACAAUCUGCUUUUGGGUAGGCCAUGGAUCCUCAUGCCUUUGUGCCAUCUACUCUACACCAAGUGGUCAAGUUUGA